AUGGUCCCUCGAUCUUCUUUUUCUUCUUCUGAAGAAUCUGAACCUUAUUUUACCGCCAUACAGUCUAUCGUUGUCGAUGCUGGAAUCGCGAAUCCUCGCUCAGAGCCCCCGGAUCUUCAAUACCCUUUUGCUUCGGAGCCGGCCGACCCUCCAGCCGACCCUCCAGCCGACCCUCCAGCACCUGCUCACGUCUCUACCUUCACGCACUCCGGCCCAGCAGAGGUGGUUCAAACUACACCGGUGUCAUGCACGUAUGGCGCCUUUCGUAUUUGGCGCACGUUGGGCGAGGGCACGUACGGCGUGGCGAUGGCAGCUCAAGACGUAGCGUCGAAUCGCUUGUUGUGUCUCAAGGUCUUUCCAAAGCACCAUCUUGAGCGCAAAGCCAGGGAGUCUGUUCUUCUGAACGAACUCGAAGUGUACAAGCGUCUUUCAUGCGCGUUGCCGAGCCCCGCGGCUAGAUUUCUCAUGGGGCUCGAGAUGUCGUUCCAGACAAAGGAUAAAAUAUGUUUUGCAAUGGACCUGAUGGCGAGCGACCUGUAUAGCUAUCUGCAACGUCAUCCUGCGUACUGCGUCCACAAUGCUGGCAGGUGGGCUGCACAAAUGACCCUUGGGAUCAACGCUCUGCACGAGAUGGGGAUCAUCCACCGGGACAUCAAAGCCGGAAACAUCCUGAUUGACGUUCGAGAGAACGUGCGCAUCACCGACUUUGGUGUGAGUUAUAUAGACAAAGACAAAGGACCCUUGGACCGACAGCGGAAUUAUUGUUCGCAAGAGGCGGGAACGACGCACACUAUGGCACCGGAGGUCCUGCGCAACGGAUCCGACUCCCGUCCUUUGAAGUACGGAGCACCUGCAGACUGGUGGUCGUUAGGCUGCGUCAUCUACGAGCUUGUUUCGAAGAAGCACAAGCCACUCUUUGUUACAGCGGACAACAUACUUUCCUACGUUUCAUGGUGCUCCAGCCCCGACAGUCCAUCCAAACAGUUCCCUGCCUUUGAAGAAUUACAUGAAGCUCUUGCAGAUUUGAUCUCUGGGCUGCUGCAACCUGUCCCGUUAUCGCGGUUUGGGUUCGCUGAAGUUGUAAAUCAUAGAUCGUUUUUGUUCAAACCCGGCUUGUCAGAAUUUACUGACGCAUACUCUCGCGCCCUUAAGCGCGAAGAAUUUCCAUAUAUGCUACCAGACUUACGAUGUGGUCGAGAGACCAGCGCAGCAGAGAUCUGGUUUCGCCAACCUUCCUGGGAGAAACCGCGCGUUCCGAAUGUGGAUUGGGCCAAGCCGGCGCUUCUUUCUCCGUUCUUAUGAUGGCUCUUCAGUCUAGUCGGUGUUUAUUUCGUUUCGCUAGCUUCACUGUUUACUGUCACUACGUCUCCCUUUUACAAAUAAUCCUAUGUAAAAUGCACCUGUCU